GACGCCACCUCUCAGAUGCAAAGAGAAACGAACAAGACGCCAUUUGGGAAAGGGAUCGAGUCGAGGAAUCAGCAGAGAAACUUUUUCCUUGGACAUGGAGCGGAUACGUUUGCCGAUCCUGCUACAAAGUCUCCUACAUCCUUAAACAAGUGUCGUCGUGUGAUCCCUGUCGAAGUUUUUCGCACAACCUCUCGUGCUAGUUAUGACGGGACGUCUCUCCGCGCGGACUGUUUACGGAACGGAGUUGAUUAACCGGACCGUCUCCUCGGAAACUUGCCAACCUCGGGACUAGACCUCGGAAAACAGUGAGCGGCCGUGAUGAUGGAUGGCCUGCCCCUACCAGGAGGCUGUGUGGACAGGCGGGGCACCCCUGUUGAGCAUGGUGACCGGUACACACCCGAGGGCAAGGACCCCUGUGAGCAGUGCACCUGCCAGCGUGGACGGCCAGACUCCUGCUCCAUCACUUCUUGCUACCCGCCAGCCCACUGCCAUCAGCCGUACCUUAGGGGCUCGGGCGAGUGCUGCGACUAUGCCUGCAACGGCACCACGCUUGGUUCACCUGAUGGAGCAGAUGUGCAGAGUGCCACUACCCUGGGCCUUCGGAUGGUGGCCAGCACGGUGGCAUCGUUUCUCAUUGUGGCUCUGCUGCUGUUCAUGAUCCAUCGACUCCGCAAGAGGCGCCUGCUGGUCAUGAUACGAAGGCUGAAUGGGUGUCGGGCAGCGGCCAGCCUGGAAGAGGCCUGCCUGGCGCGGCAGCUGGCACUUGAAGAACAGGGCGUGGGCUUCCUGGGUGGCUUCUGCCCUGACCCUCCUCCUCCGUAUACCUUCUGGAAGCCCCCAGAGGCUUAUGUGCCCCCUGGAGAGGCCCCACCUCCUUACGAUGCUCCUCCUGCACUACUCGACCGACAGCAGCAGCAGCUGGAAGUCGCGCCCAACUCUGCCGAGCCAUUGCCACGUGUUGCGUCGGCCACGCCUCCGUUGCUGUGUGGAGGCUCGUCAACCAGCAGCGAAGCAGGGGAGCUGCCUCAACAGCAACGAGCAAUUCGCUCAGAUGCAUACUAUGAGGAUGGGUUACGACACGUGACGGUUGUGCUCGUCGGGGACCAAGCAGCACGCAGGCGACUGUCACACUGCGAGCCAUCCGUUCGACACCUGGUUCAAGACGGCGACAAGCGGCUAAGCUUGCAGGGCCCUCCUUCAAGUCAAAACAACAAUGUGUACCCUGACCCAACUUCCUGGGGUGGGGAAGGUGAAGAAGGAGGAAGUGAGACGAGUUCAAGCUGCACUGCUAGCGUUGACGACCGUCAAGGUGCAUUCAGUCCUACCAGUAGCGAGUCCAGUGCUUCCGCAGAUGCCCCGGAAGUCGACCAAGUUCCACAGCCAGCAGCCGCUGCUGCCGCGGACCCACCCAGGGCGAGGCAUCCCUUAGACAGGACGCUGCAAAGGUUAAAACGCUUUUCUAUGCCAAAGCGCAAGGUUUCCAAGAAGGCCCCCGCAGCUGGAGCAUCGUCGUCGGCCGAAGGCAUCGCAACGUCUUGCUGUCUCGGCCACAGCUCGGGCAUGGAGUCGGACAAGAGCCGAACCAGGGAAUCCAAGGCUGCGAGUUCUUCCCCACAGGGUAUUCAACAGCUGCCUGAAAGCAGUGGUGGCCUCGAACGACUGUCUGCUCUGCCACCAGAAGCGCGGCACUCUUCCGCUGCGUGCCAGGAGAGUGCAGAAGACAAGGCCACAAGAAAGAAAACGAGCAAAAGAAAGCUGUUCUCACUCCCCUCGUGGGACAGCUCAGUUUUGCGGAGAGUGCCGGAAGGCCGCAGCGAAGUGCGUGAUCUAUCAGGAGCCCACAUUGCAUCGGAAGCAGCUGCGCCCACUGCGGGGAUGGUGAGGGACGUGGUGCGGCCCUGCUCCCUAGACCUUCCAACGGCCACGUCGACGCCCAAGAAUCUUAACUCUGCCUGCCCUGUGGUCAUCACAGUCAAGUGCAGGCCCGUGAGGACAGAACAGCCCAGUAAUGGUUUGUCGAAUCACCAGGCAGAGUCGCCUCGUUCUUCUUCGUCGGCAUCUGCCUCCUCAAAAACGAACAAACAGCGGACAACGGAGAUUACUGGUGCAGAACCGAAGCCAAACGGCUCAGUGACUGUGCAGUCGUACGUGGAGGCAGUGCACACCAUUCCACGACAGAGUGUCGCGAGGCAGGUGGCUCGGCUGGAGGCGCAGGGUUUCCGGCCACCUGAUGCUUCGUGCACCUUGCAGAAGCACUGCCGUAGUGCGUCACAUGACAGUCGGUGCCAGGAACGGCAACACUGUAAAGCACGUGAAGGACAAUCGACCUCACACCCAGCUGCUCCCUUUUGAGUGCGCGGUCUCUCAUUCACCCACAGAGAUUGGAGGACUGAUCAGUGAUGGUGUUCCUUCCUUGUAUGAAAUAAACUGAUAGCUUUUUAGUGUAGGAAAUGUCGUAGGAGCAGUGAGUAGGCGUAAGCAAUUCUAGAUACCCAAGAUUUGUGUGAGUCAUGUGUGUGGUACUUGAAGUGAAUGCUCAAGCAAGUUAUUUGUACCGGUGUGACGCUUUGGCUAAUAAUCAAGAAAGUUCGAGCUUAAGUGGUGAUGCAAAAGGCCAUUUUGUAUGCGUGGAGGAUAUCAAGGUGCUAAACUGCUAGCUUUAAACAUCAGGGGUACUGAGGGGCUUAAUAUUUAGUAGCAACUAUGUGAAGUCAAGCAGUACAAGAGGAAUGAACAUUGAAAAAAAAAAAAUUGAACUAUAAAAUUAAUAACUCAUAAUUAAAUUUACCAUAAGCUUAAUUAUGAACACAAGGUUGUCUUCUCUUUCUUUUUUCUUCCUCACUUCCAUUAUUGUAAAUUUUAGGUAUAUCUCAAGUUUAAUUGUCAUUUGCUAGCAAUUUCACUGUUAAAUAAGAAAUGUUAUUUUCCCCAGUGCUUUCCUUGGUUUCAUUGUCUGUUGGCUUCAUACAGUUAUAAACUAGUUUUUUUUGUCCAUGUUGCUAACUACAUUUAAAAAGCUAAUGUAAAAGCAGCAAGACUGAUGCUACAUAUUCGGGAAAUAUAAUUUUAUCUUCCUGUGCUUGAAUCUUUAUUGUUUCAUAACAUGAUAAGUGGGAUAUUUCUUUUUUUUUUAUGACUAUAUGCCACAUACAAAUGUUCAAGAAAUGGGACCAGAGUUUUGAUUGCCUAUUUGUAUUUUAAUGUUGUGGCAGGAAUGUUUUAUUUCAUUGCAUUAUGCGAAACUUGCAUCUGCCAAUUUAGCUACUUAUCAAAUUGAAGUAAAUGAUCAUCAUUGGUUAACUUUUUUUUUCGAAACGGGAUCUGGGCUGGGAUAAUGUAAAGCUAUUGCAAUAUGUUUUUAUUACAAAUCCGCCAUUAGCCCUCUGUGAGAGGUCGAAAGGCUUGGGCUUCACUUGGGUGUAGCGCUCGAUCACAUGGGCGGAGCCCGAGCCAUUUUGAACUAUCAGAGAGGGCUAAUUUUGGAGUUGGAUAAAAACAGAUAGGAAUAGUUUUACAUUAUUAUUCUGGCACUGAAUACAACCUAUUUCGUGGGUGUUAACAUUGCCAAUGCCGUGCUGUGAAUCUAGUUUUCUUUUCAUCAACAUUGGUUAGCUUUUGGAGGUGACAAGAAUGUUUCCGUUCAACAAGGUGUGGAGCAGAAAGGUGCAUCUAUGUAGGGUGACAGUGCUAGUUAGUGUAUAUGUGUGCAUUUUGUGAGAUGGUGUUCAUUGACUGCUAAUUUCCUACUUCAUAUUUAUUAAGCUACAAUUGUACGCUCAACAUGCCAUAGGUUCCCUUCAGUGAGUGCAAAAAUGCCUAUGUGGUCUUUCGAGGAGAUCAAAUGGGAGGAUAUCAAAUGUAUGGUGAUAUUGCACAUCUUCAGGCAACUUGUACCUGCAGACCAGCUCCAGUCCACUAAUUUGCUUUUACAAGAGCUUCUGUGUCUGCAAAAAAACUAUGCAUGCAAAGAAAACAGUACUGCAGUCAUGGCAGCCCACUUAUCACAUUUUUAUUAAUUGCUCAAGCUAAGUAAUGUUUUAUGGUUCACUUGCAUAAUGCUGGCAAGCGAAGUUGAAAAAUAAUAAAAUUUUAUAACUCGUGUCUGACGUUCACCAAUGUGGAAAAAUGAGAACUACUUUUAUGUAAGCGCAAUAGGAAGGCUUCAAAUGAUGAAAUCUUUUUUUUUUUAGCAUUCAUAAUCUGUUGCAUCCAAUAAAUGUCGAGCAAUU